AUGCCGCGCAAAUCGGCGAAGAAACAGACUAGACUCGCCUUCGCUCCAGCCGUCCCAUCAGCUGGUGAGGAUAGCGAAAAGGAGGACCGACACAGAACACUACGCUAUAACCACCCAAGUCUCGCUUCAGUCCGCUCAAACAGCCCGCGCAAAGACAAAAAGUCAAAAUCUUCCAAGAAGGCUAGAACGCCGGAACCUCAAAUCGAAAUCCAAAGCACUGAGCCCUCACCUCCCCCAGCUCCGCAGCUCAGCUCUGAAGAGGAAGACGAUAUCGUUCUGCCUAGCUCCUCCCGCAAGAGAAAGGCACCAAUGAGCCCACCGAAGACCGAGUCUCUUACGCGGAUCAAACAUGAGCCGGUACCGUCAAAAUCCCUUGUCAUCUUGAGUGAUUCGGAAGAUGACGAAGAUCCCGUUGUAUCAUCGCCAACAAAACGACGCAGACGGCUCGCUGAUUCAGAAUCACCGACGACACCGAGGGCUGGUGCGACAAAAGAUGACCUUGAAGUUGCGGAGGACGUCCUAGACCUCCAGGACUCCGAUGACUCUGGUUUGAGAGAAACACGAACCCGGGGAAGGAUCGCCAAUUCAGCGAGAAGUAAGCGAAUGGCGCACCUGGAAACCCUCCGUCGGAGACGUGCGGGACAAAAGCUAAAGAGUGAUCCGGAAAAAGACGAUGAGCCUCGUAUGUAUAAUGGGGACGAGGAACCGACUGAUGACAGUGAAAUCAACUCGCUCAUCGGCGAGGAAGACCUAGACGCAUACGACGAGGACUUUGUGCAGGAAGACGACACCUUCGGCGUUCCCACGGAGAUGCCUCUUGAAUUUACCCGUCAUGCUUACAAAAAGCCGAAGGAAUACUUCCAGGAUGUGGUGGGAUGGAUGGUUCAUAAUUAUCUCGACCCAGCCUUUCCCCGUUCUGAUGCCAUGUAUGAGGUGGCAUUUAUGAAGUUGAAUGAUGAAGUCAACGGUCGUGCAAGCUCUCAGUUUACGUCCUCGAGUUGGAGCGCAGAGUUUCGUAAUGCGUUGCUGGCCCGUCCUUAUAUGGAGCUUCUGGGUUUCAAGAGCAUCUUCGGCACUGAGACCUGUGAGGCCUGCAACCGGUCAGGCCACCCUCCCUCUUGGGAGAUGAAGUUAUACGGCAAGCCGUACUCGCUUGAAACACUGGAGCCUCUCGACGAGACGGAUGAGACGGAUGAAGAGAACGACGGACAUAAUGAUCAUGAACACGACCACUCGAAUGUUGAGCGUGACCGGGAAGGCCAUGUUCUACCUGAUGAAAAUAGGCGGUUCCUCCUUGGACGCCACUGCAAGGACAAUGCAACUUUAGCACAUCAGCUCACUCACUGGCGAUUUACCUUGAAUGAGUGGGUGGUCAAUUACCUCGAGUCCAAAGGCCACAAGGACGACGCAGAGGUUCUCCGCCGCAGUAAAAUGAAGCAAAAGCACAAGACCAGACACGCUAUCGAUGUUCAUAAUACAAUGAUCAGCACGGGCGAAGUCGAAAAGAUGUAUCGUGAUUUUCACAUAGUCCUUAAAUCUGCUCGCGAAAAACCGGAGGUCCGGUUCUCCAACUCUAGGAGGUGA